AACUCGGCGGCCAUCCGGGCCGAGAUCCAGCGCUUUGAGUCCGUGCAUCCCAAUAUCUACGCCAUCUAUGACCUGAUUGAACGCAUCGAGGACUUGGCACUGCAGAACCAGAUCCGGGAGCACGUCAUCUCUAUAGAGGACUCCUUUGUGAACAGCCAAGAGUGGACCUUGAGUCGCUCUGUGCCAGAGCUUAAAGUGGGCAUUGUGGGGAACCUGUCCAGUGGGAAGUCAGCCCUGGUGCAUCGCUACUUGACAGGGACCUAUGUCCAGGAGGAGUCUCCUGAGGGAGGCCGGUUUAAGAAGGAGAUUGUAGUGGAUGGCCAGAGUUACCUGCUGCUCAUUCGAGAUGAAGGAGGGCCCCCUGAGCUUCAGUUUGCGGCCUGGGUAGAUGCCGUGGUGUUUGUGUUCAGCCUAGAAGAUGAGAUCAGCUUCCAGACUGUGUACAACUACUUUUUACGGCUCUGUAGCUUCCGCAAUGCCAGUGAGGUGCCCAUGGUCCUGGUGGGCACUCAAGAUGCCAUCAGCGCUGCCAAUCCCCGGGUCAUUGAUGACAGCAGGGCCCGCAAGCUGUCCACAGACCUGAAGCGCUGUACCUACUACGAGACCUGCUCCACGUAUGGGCUCAACGUGGAGCGUGUCUUCCAGGACGUGGCCCAGAAGGUCGUAGCCUUACGGAAGAAGCAACAGCUGGCCAUUGGGCCCUGCAAGUCCCUGCCGAACUCACCCAGCCACUCGGCAGUGUCUGCUGCCUCCAUCCCAUCUGUGCACCUCAACCAGGCCACGAAUGGCGGCAGCAGCGCCUUCAGCGACUACUCAUCCUCAGUCCCCUCCACCCCCAGCAUCAGCCAGCGGGAGCUGCGCAUCGAGACCAUCGCUGCUUCCUCCACCCCCACACCCAUCCGCAAGCAGUCCAAGCGGCGCUCCAACAUCUUUACGUCUCGGAAGGGGGCGGACGUGGACCGGGAGAGAAAAGCAGCUGAGUGCAAGAUGGACAGCAUUGGGAGCGGCCGAGCCAUCCCCAUCAAGCAGGGCAUCCUGUUGAAGCGCAGCGGCAAGUCCCUGAACAAGGAGUGGAAGAAGAAGUAUGUGACGCUCUGUGACAAUGGGCUGCUCACCUACCACCCCAGCCUGCACGACUACAUGCAGAACAUCCACGGCAAGGAGAUCGACCUGCUGAGGACCACCGUGAAGGUGCCUGGGAAGCGGCUGCCCCGAGCCACGCCGGCCACAGCCCCAGGCUCUAGCCACCGGGCCAACGGGCUGGAGCGGAGCAGCACCCAGCUUGGUGGGGGCUCAGGUGCCCCCCAUUCGGCCAGCAGCACGUGCCUGCACUCUGACCGCCCCCUGGGCAGCUCUGCCUUGGCGGGCCCACGCCCAGAAGGCUUGCCCCAACGCUCCUGCUCCGUUUCCAGCGCUGACCAGUGGAGUGAGGCCACCUCCCUGCCCCUGGGCACCCCGCACCCUGCCAGUGGCCCAGCUGAGGUUCUCAGUUCCAGCCCCAAGCUGGAGCCUCCCCCAUCUCCCCACUCCAACCGGAAGAAGCACCGGAGGAAAAAGAGCACCGGCACCCCUCGCCAGGAUGGCCCCUCCAGUGCCAUUGAAGAUGGCGAGGAGUCUUUCGAAUUCGUAGUGGUGUCCCUCACCGGCCAGACGUGGCACUUUGAAGCGUCCACAGCAGAGGAGCGGGAGCUGUGGGUGCAGAGCGUCCAGGCCCAGAUCCUAGCCAGUUUGCAGGGCUGCCGCAGUGCCAAGGACAAGACACGACUGGGAAAUCAAAACACAGCUCUGGCUGUGCAAGCCGUCCGCACUGUUCGUGGCAACAGCUUCUGUAUUGACUGUGACGCACCCAACCCAGACUGGGCCAGCCUGAACCUGGGCGCCCUGAUGUGUAUCGAGUGCUCAGGAAUCCACCGGCACCUGGGAGCACACCUCUCCCGGGUGCGCUCUCUUGACCUGGAUGACUGGCCCCCGGAGCUGCUGGCUGUCAUGACAGCCAUGGGCAACGCGCUGGCCAACAGCGUCUGGGAAGGCUCCUUGGAGGGCUACACAAAGCCAGGGCCUGAAGCUUGCAGGGAGGAGAAGGAGCGGUGGAUCCGGGCCAAAUAUGAGCAGAAGCUCUUCCUGGCGCCCCUGCCAGUCUCAGAUGUCCCCCUGGGGCAGCAGCUGCUGCGGGCCGUGGUGGAGGACGACCUACGGCUGCUGGUGAUGCUGCUGGCCCACGGGUCCAAGGAGGAGGUGAAUGAGACGUACGGGGAUGGGGACGGCCGCACGGCCCUGCACCUCUCCAGUGCCAUGGCUAACGUGGUCUUCACGCAGCUGCUCAUCUGGUACGGGGUAGACGUGAGGAGCCAGGACGCCCGGGGCCUGACUCCCCUGGCCUACGCCCGCCGGGCUGGCAGUCAGGAAUGCGCGGACAUCCUGCUUCAGCAUGGCUGCCCCGGGGAGGGCUGUGGCCUAGGAACCACCCCCAGCAGAGAGCCCAGCAGCGGGACCAACACCUCUGCUGAGCUGCACCGGAGUCCCAGCCUCCUAUGA